AGCUGCUGUAAUUGCAUUUAAUUCAAAACAGUAUCUUAGGCAGGUUCAUAAGACUAUGCAAAAUACAAGCCCAGGUAAUUAUAAAUCCAAUUGUCUAGUAUAACAUUAAUGUGUUUAUGCUUUAUUCUGUAUCUAUAAACUGUUUUUUAAAGGAAAAUUUGGCAAAAAAUAUUUAAAAAAUAUAGAACGUAUAAGAGCCAAUUGUUUAAAAAGACGACAGUUGUUUUCUAACAAUGCUAGCUCAAAAUUCAAAAGCCGAUCUCAAUGUACAGCAGCGGAUCAAAAUUAUGGGUUAGCUGAACCAUUAAUCGAUACAAUGACCAAAGAGGAUUAUGACAAAAAAAAAUUAUUAUUUUUACAAAAACUAAAUGAGGCUGAUAGAACUGAGAUCGAAAUUUGUACAAGAGAUCAAAGUAAUAAUUCUCUUUGGUAUAAAGAAAGAAGACUUCGAAUCACAGCGUCAAAUUUUGGCACGAUAUGCAAAAUGCGACCUUACACUAGUUGUAAGAAAAAAAUCCAUAGCUUGCUAUACGCACCAAAUCCCAAAACAAAACAACUAACCUAUGGUAAUGUUAUGGAAUCGAAAGGUCGGAAAAAGUUUGAAGAAAUGUAUAACGUAAACGUCCAAACAUGUGGUCUUAUAAUUGAUUCUGAUCUACCAUAUUUGGCAGCAAGUCCAGAUGGUCUAGUUGGAGAAAAUGCCAUAAUAGAAAUUAAGUGUCCUUACAAUGCUCGUAAUUCAGAAAGUCUAAUCGGAAGCUUUCAACAAUAA